CAGUCAAUAACAGAAAAGGCUAAAUACUGACAUCUAGUGACAGAUCCGGCGCCCUGUUGUGUAUGGAAUUUUCGCAUAUGAGACGUUGGCGGCGGAGCCAUUAAAACGACGGACCGGAAGCCCUUUUUAAUAACAGCAAAUGUACAUCCGCAACCACUAACGUCCAGAAUGGUGUCCAGUAAACAGAAGCGAGUGUGGAGGUACGUGGACGAGGGCAACCCGCUGAAGCUGAAGUCUUAUCUGAAGAAACACCCGGACACGGAUGUCAAUUUCUCGAUGGGGAAGAAGCAGAGGAGCCCGCUGCAUCUGGCCUGCCGCCUGGGAGACGGCUACCUUCUGCGGCUACUGUUGGACCACGGAGCCGAUGUUCUACGGAGGGACAGCAAGGGAGAAACGGCAAUGCACGAAGCGGUGAAAAGACACAUGAAAUACAAGGCGGGAGCGUACGACGACCUAUUCGUGCCGCUCAGGAGGCGCUGUCAGGAGGCCGAGACGACUCCCAACAACGCCGGUGUCACGCCGCAAGAUCUGCUGGGUUUCUGGAGAGAAAAGGAGACGCCACAGUUUUUCCGGGCCCCUGAACGCGACGUGGAGAAGGAGUGGCAAGAGAAACUGUUCGGUGAAUGUGAAAAUGAGUUCUACCAAACCUUUGGCCGAUACGACGACGAUGACUUCCUUCCUGUUGACGACGAUGACGACGACUUUGGAGACUGGGCCGAUCGCGUGAGAAAAGAAUAUUAUAACAAAAAGUACGCUGAGGCCCAGAGGCUAGCGGCAGACUCUGCCAAAUGGAAGAAACACCAGGAGGAAAGCUACAGGGAGCUACAUGCUAGGCUACAGCGGGAACACGAGGAGUAUCUGUCCAGAGCCGCGCGGAAACAGGACGAGACUCGACAGAGCAAGAAGCGCACGUACGACGAGAAGUGCGCGGCGACCUUCCACGGCGGUUCUUCGGCCGACAGCUCACUGCUGAGCUACAGCGACAUCCCCUGGCCGGCCCCCAGAGGUACAGUGCAGGAGAUGGUGGACGUGAUGCUGCACGGCGUGGACCGAAAGGAUGUGGCGGUAUUUCGGAAAAUCCUGCGCAAACAGCAGGCGCUGUGGCAUCCCGACAAGUUUGCUCAGAGGUGUGGGGCCCGGUUAGAGGAGACGGACCGGCAGAAGAUUCUGGACACGGUCACUGCUCUGUCACAGGAGCUCAACAGACUGGCCCAGAGCCUGAGGACCUGACACACACUAACACAUCUAGAAACCUAAGCCUCCAUAACAGAGGUGUUCAGGUUUUUGUUUUGUCAAUACACAAGAACAAAUGAACCUUCAGUAAUAUUUAAGAAAAAAAAAUGAACAAAUUAAUUUGUUGCAUAAUAAAAACUUCUGUUUUACCAACACGA